AUGGGCGAUCUCGUCAAGUCCAAAUCCAAUGAUUCCGGCAUCACGCUCCAGCAUCUCAAGCAGCGAUCCUCUGCGCGCCGCGUUCUUGGCAUCCUGGCGAUCCUGGCAGUGGGAGCGAUGGUGCUGGGGGGCGGCGCCGUGGCACUCUUGCUCGUCUCGCCGAUCCUCCUCUUUUUUAGCCCUAUCCUGGUGCCGCUGGCGAUCCUGGCGACGGGGGCGGCGGUGGCAUUCAUCGCUUUCGUGGCGACCAUUACCUGGAUCUAUAGGUAUGCGAGGGGCGGGCGCCCGGCUGGAUCACAGCGCCUGGAUGCAGUCAAGAGCCGCGUGAUGGAGAAGCCUUCACAGGUGAGUGACAAGGCGGCUGCUACUCGUUCGCCUUAG